GUUCAACACUUCUUUUUUUUUUUUUUGCACCUUUGCACAGACAGCAGCGACCUAGUUCAAACAACCUUCGACAUUCACAACAAACAAUAGAGGUCGCCCCCACCCCUCCUCCUCUUCCUCUCCACAACGCAACUGCUAUCACAGCACACCACAGCAUUCAGCACUCACAGCGUUUUAUCAUCUUGUGAACCUCCCAAGACAUAAUUUCGAGUUGAUGACCCAGGGCAUGUCGACCUUGCAUCCACCAUCUCCACCUACACCCACCCCACAACAGCCUCCAUCGAAACAAAUGUCCAAAGUCAUUCUACGCACCGCUCUCCAAAAGGCCAAUUCUGCUGUCAUGUGCGACUCUUCCAACGACGUCGUCGGGGCCAUUGAUGCUUAUUCCGAGGCAAUCUCGCUUCUGAAUCGCGUACUGACCACAGUUGAAAAAGGCAGUGACCGGCGUCGACUUCAAGAAAUUCACGACUCGUAUUCCGAACGUAUACGAUUACUAAGUACGAUCUCGCCCAAAUCCGAUAUCGACGACCUGUAUGAAACGUUUGACGAAGAAGAGCAGAAAGCGACCCAAGUUUUGAAUGAAUAUUACGGGGAAGAAGAGGAGGAAGAGGAGGACGAAAAUGAUGCAAAAUCAUGGCUAUCCAAGCCCGCCAAACGAAAAUUCUCAACCCGGCAGACCGGUGCUCCGCAAUAUGCCUCUGUCAUCCGACACAUGGCCUCUUCCUCAUCUUUAGAGAGUCAAAAGCAUUUGCAACAGCAACAACAGCAGUGCAAACGGAGCAGCAUGACAACAUCUGCAACAAACAAGACUGAUCCGCCCUCACCAGUGUCAUCCAAAAGCACACCCACACGAUCUACAAACCGAAGAAGCACGAGCAGCAGUGUCCAUACAACCGAAGAAACUUCUGCCGUGCGCGCUUCUAGUUUAUCCACCACCUCCUCCGUCGACUCUUUCUCCGAUCCACAGCAAGAAGCAACAGCAUCGCCUCCAUUACACCAUGAUCAUCAUAAUCAUAAUCAUCAUCAUCAUCAACAAGCUCCACCUACUUCUAACACGUCUUCUACUUCUGCCCAAGCAUCUCGUGAACCAACCAUGACUUUGCCUCCACUCAAGGCCACAAAAAUUGAAGCUGCCGGUGAACGCACUAGCAGCUUGCGCCAACAACCUUCAAACGCUUCAAUGCGAUCCACAUAUAAUCCAAUCCGCCAAUCCAGCAUCACUAGCAAUACCACUACAACCACAACCACUACCAAUACUACCGCUACCACAGCAAGUAGUGGGUUUGCCUCUGUACGCAAGAAAUCAUCCAAUCGAUUAUCACGUGUUAGUAUAGACGGUGCUGCAACCAUGCGACGCGGCCAUAGCAGUGGUGCUUCACCACUACUAGGUCUAUUUGUGCGAUCACAAAACGCCAACGACAACGAAUCAUCCAUGGACUACUUUGGACAUCACAACAACCAUAAUCGGAUUGGCAUGGCCUACAGUACAGAUUCAGUGAUGAUGCCGAUGGAGGCUACUGGUGCAAUGACAACAAACAACAGCAACCAACCGCCGCUACACCUGGUCUUAUCGAUUGAAAAAUCCAUGGAUCAGGGCGCAUAUAUUACACCGCGACUGUAUAUACCCAAAAACAUGUGGAAUCAACCCAAUAUCCGCUUACCAAACGUCGAAGUGAAGGCUGCUGCGUGCGAAACGCUGAUAAAUGAUUUGGCAAAACUUGAGCAGUGGCACAAGCUGGAUGACUUGACGGGAAGCCUCAAAGUGCUGGAAAUUUUGGAGGAUGCUGUAGAGUCACUGCAGGCAAGUCUGGCAAAGAAACUAAAACGGGAUAGCAUGAGCGCAGAUAACCCGACGGCAUCUAGCCCAAGUACGACCAUGACCCCUCACUAUGAUGCAGGCAGUAUUGGGAGUAGCAGCAGCAGCAAGAAAAGUCAGGCCUUCAUGUCAUGGGGUACAAAAUUGAGCAAGUCCGUGGAACGGAUGAAUGCUUUCAGUUUAACCAAAACUGAGGAUCAAUAUCGUAAUUAUGUGGAGGUAUUACAACGGAUGCUUGUCAAGAUUCAUAUACUCACCGAUUGGUGGGAUCAUUAUAUUGCCAUGAAAAAGGAUACUGGACGCAUGAGUCCAGUGUGCGACGUAGUAUUACAGCGACUUACAAGAAUAUGUGAUGUUGUUGAUAUCGUUGUUGGUGGAUUUGUUGUACGCGACAUGGCAGUCCUGCUUGGCAAAUGGUUAAAACGAGGUGGAUCUUGGGUGAACGAGUAAUCAAAAGUAAGAUCAAAAGCCAAAAAAGCAAAAACUCGUUCAAUCACAUAUUCCCCACACACACACACACUCACACACACACACACACUCUCUCUCUCUCUUUAUCUUUCGAAUGUUUCGACCUGCAGUUCAAAUAUCUAUCUCCUUCCUCCCUUCGUUCCUCUUCCUUUAAAAGCACACAACACACUCUCACAUACUUACUCCCCCUUAUUAAAACUUCACCUGCUCUUUAGUAUCUAUAUAUUAUUAUACUUGUUUCAAUGAUUAUGUAGUACGAUGCCUCUCCUUUUAUAUAUCUCUCUCUAUUUCCUAAUGUUAUUAUUAUAUUUCAUAUUUCAUAUUGACCAAUUGUUACUUGACCUAGCUACUAUAUACUAUAUUGUUGUCCAAA